GCUGUAUUGUAUCACCUGUCUGAGCUACUUCCUGCAGUUGGAUGUCGAUCUGGAGCUUCAACCACAGUCUGCCUGUCACAAGUACAUCAGUGAUGAGACAGACAUCCUCUAACCACACUGUAGCCUUCAAACUAGCCCAAUUGCAGAGUGAACAUGCCAAGGCAUCCAAGCGGAGUUUACGCGCAUUCUUCUUAGCGUGAGCACAUCUGUGCCUCUUUAUGACCCAGGUGUAGAACAUGAGUACAACUGAUCGUCCUGUGAACCUGUCCACAAACUGUACCAUGCCUUACGAUCAGGAUCGUGUGGCCCUCCUGAGUCUCUAUAGUGUGGUGCUGGUGGUGGGUGUUCCGGCCAACUUUGCCACGGUCUGCAUGACCUGGCUGCAGGUGCGCCGUAAAAACGUCCUGGGAGUCUACCUGUUCAUCCUAUCCAUCUGUGACCUCAUGUACCUGGCCACCCUUCCUCUUUGGGCAGUAUACAUUUACAGCCAUCACACCUGGUCCUGGGGCUCGAUGGCCUGCAAAUGGACAGGAUAUAUCUUCUUCAACAACAUGUACAUCAGCAUCUUCCUGCUGUGCUGUGUGUCCGUGGAUCGGUACGUGGCUGUUGUGUACUCCCUGGAGUCUCGAGGGAUCCGACAGUUGAAACAUGCCUGGAUAAUCACCAUGGCGAUUGUCAUCGUCGUGGCUUUGGGUCACCUGCCUGUUUUUAUUAUGGAAGAGGGGAACACCGACGGUGAGAAACCGCAGCGCUGCUUUGAGCCCGGGCAGGCCUCACUGAUGGUGACCUGCUUCAACUACGCUCGCUUCUUCAUCGGAUUCCUCAUACCUCUACUGAUCCUCGUCUUCACCAACCGCAGAAUCCUGUCCAGCAUCCAGGACAGUAGCAGCAUUAAGGUGAAGGACAAGGAGAAGGUGCGCCGGCUUGCGCUGGUGGUGGUGAUACUCUUCCUGGUGUGUUUUGCCCCCUACCACACCAUCCUUCUGACCCGGGCCAUCGCCUUCCACACGGGCACCGACGAGUGCCUGUUCAACCAGCGCAUCUACACUCCCUACAGUAUCUUCCUGGGCUUGUCCACCAUCAACAGCGCCAUGAACCCGAUCCUGUACGUCCUGUCCAGCGAUAACGUCAGGAGGGAGGUGCGGAGAGGCCUGAGCAGCGUCCGAAGCUGGGGAAGCUCCAGGCAUCAGGUCACUGACAGCAAUGUCCCCAGCAGGAAUGGCUUGAGUGGCGCUUCGGGCAUUACCGGGCAUUAACGGCAUGUCAACACCUGUACAGGUGAUGAACGGAAUCAUUUGCAUUGGAAUGCUCUCCUGUAUGUGCCAGCCACUCCAGCCAGGACACUGUGGUGAUACCUGAGGUGCGUUCAAAUUUGGCAAACAGUGACAAACGUUGGAGGUGAACAUGUUUUCUCUGAACUGUUAAAUUGAACAAUUUGGUGCAAACAUUCCAUUCUAACAGUAAUUGCAUUGUUGCCUUCGUCAAACUCACAUCCAGUUCCACUGUAUUAACCUCCUCAGACUGUUUGCGACUGAAAACUGUUUUCAAACAUUCACCUUUGUUUGUUAAUUUGAAUGCACCUCUGAAUUUACCAUAUGCACAGGUGAAAAUGCUGGCUGUCUCUACCCUAGCAAUGUGCUCUCUCUUUGCAUGCCUCCAGAGUAAGAUGGCAGGUGUAACAGUGCACCAACUAAGGCCAGACCUUCACAGGUGAAUACAGUGCCUAUGCUUCUGCUUCCAAACCUCCAGUGUGUCAGCAAGCCGUGCUGAGAAGAGGCACAUCUGUUCUGCUGCCCAUGAAGCCGGCUUGUAGAAGUGUACUUUAACAGAUGAGUUCAUGGAUAUCCAUCCCUUUUGGUCAGGAAGCUGUCAGAAAGAUGCAGAGUGCAGUGAAAUGUGACUUCAAGGCACACCGUUUUUGAUUGUGAGAGUGAAGGCAAGUGCAGAUAUAUUGUAUGGUAGUGCAGGCUUCACUCAGUCUCGUUUGUUUCUUUUCAGAGUGCUUGGCCAAACGUAUAAGUUAACUCAGAACAGAAAAAAGGCCGCACUUUGCAUAUAAAUGUGCAAUAAAUACGAUUGUAUGCAAAGUGCAGCCUUUUUUUCUGUUCUGAGUGAAGGCAAGUGCCUCAAAACAAACUAAUUUGAUAAAUUGGACAUUUUUCAUACUGUGUAUUAAGGACUGCCCAUAUUUAAGAGAUGUUUUUAACAUAAUAUGUUUGCAUAAUAUUGAUAGAUGGUAUCUAAUUCAUCUCAUAUUUCUGUAAAAUGUUUGUAAUAAUAUUCUUGACUGUAAGUAAAAGGAAGAUGUCAUUGUCA